AUGUUUAUCCAAAAUAAUUCCAAUUUCGAUAAUAGCAGUGCUGCCGGCAGUGUUGGUUGUGGUGGCGCAGGAGGCGGCGGCGUCGGUGACGUCGGUAGUAGUGCAAAUAAUGCCCUAAUCGAUGACAUGGAAAGUGUUGAUGGUGUUGGUGUGGGUGUGGUAGGUGGUGGUGGUGAUGGUGAUGGUCAUGUUGGCAUUGGCAAUGGCAGUGACAGUGGUGAUGCCGUCCUGCUCGGUGUCGGCGGCAGUAGCAUAAGUGUUAGCGUCGGCUCUGUCGAGGCCCACAGUGUGGGCGGCGACAGCAGCCUCAGCACCACAGCCAGCGAAGGUGGUGGUGGUAGUCAAGAAUUAAUAUUUCCCCUUAGAUCAUCACCGCGUCAUCAUCAUCAGCAGCAGCAGCGUUCCAGUGAUCCGCAACAGCGUGAGAACAACAACAAUUCCAAUACAACAAAACGUUCAUUCAAUUUGAAUCUGAGCUUCAGCAGCAGCAACAACAACAAUCGCAAAUUGCUUAGCGUCGUUGGCGGCGGGGGUGUUGGUGGUGGCGCCCAAAGUGUGGUCGGCAACAUUGCAGGGGCGGCCGGUAGCGUGGCCCAAUCGUUUUGGAGUUCGGUAGCGUCGAAUGUCUCCGCCACAUCAUCCUCCUCCUCAUCGUCUUCUUCGUCGUCGUCAAUAACAUCAUCCGCUUCACCAUCGGCCUUGGCCUCAUCCUCCACUCUGUCGUCGGAUGUGAGUAGUACCGGUGGCGGUGGUGUCAUUGGUCUUGGUUGUGGCGGUCCUUCAGGUGUUGCCGCACUCAUUGGUGGCGGUGGUGGCAUUGGCAUUGGACCCGGUGUCGUACAACGGGUAUUUCUCAAUACCAAACCCCAUAAAAAUAAAACCGAUUUGAAUUUAUCACUCAGUGGAGGUGCUGGUGCAGGUCCUGCACGGCAGCGGCGGCCUCAUCUUCGUCGUCGACGGUAG